GUUGUAACUGACGUGAUAUGUAGUGUUUUUGGGACUAUGUAUCUAAAACCGGGUCGAAAUUCGCAGAUAAAGAUCAUAUUACAAAUUCGGCAUUGUGCACCGAUCGAUUCUAUAGUAUGACCUCUAAUUGUACUGCGCAAAGUAUAGCUAACGAAGUCUACGGGUGGCGAUGCAUACAGGUACAUACACUGGCCUACACACACAUAAAGUACUGAGAUGACUGUUACAGUAGCGAUUUCUAUAGGGACAGACAGUAGUGUAUAGGCAUCUAUUUUCUACUUGACAAGAUGUCGGUUACGGAGGUGAAGCUUCCGGCUGAAACAGAGGUCGACCAAAUCCUAUCAGCACUAUGCAGCAAAAAUCCAUUAAGCGAAACUCUUUCAUCCAGCGCCAAAGAAUAUCUUACUCGUAUACAAGCACGUGUUAGUGCAAAAGAAUCCAAGUCCAACCUCCCUGCCUUGGUAAUAUGUGCUUUAUUCCUGGCUGGGUGUACAACAAAGGAGCCCACUCCGGACCUUGGCCAGAUGCUCUUAAAUAGGAGAAUAAGUUUGCCCUCAUUCAUCAACAGAUUGAAGAGUUUAAGCGGGGAUGUGUCGGUGAACACAGAUGUGCUAGAUGACGGACUGGCAGAAACUGUGGAUGAAUUAGACCACCAGUUUCAGGCUGUUUCCUGCAUCUUUAGAAAAUACGAAGCCCUGCACAAGAAGGUGUUCACUCCAGUCGCUUCCAAAAAGUCUGAAACCGACACUAGAGGACCAUACUUUAUAUUUGGCUGGCUUUUGUAUUUAAUCGCAAAAGAUCACCUCCUACAACAGACAUACGAUCUGGUAGACAGCAUACACCUUUUGGUAGUCGUCACGUUGUUCACCGUCCGACAGGCACCUAGGACAGCGCUGGCAUCAAGCAUGAGCAAGGUUUUGAAAGAAGAUGGCAAAUCAGUGGACGAAGAGUUGCUUCUUAAUAUGCUCUGCGAGGUUGUGAAUGCGCAGCCCGCCGACGUUACUGUAAUACAAACUGCUUUCCGAUCAUACCUGGAGAGUUUAAUCAACAAGGCCGAAACGUUGACGUAUGAUGCGCCCGCGUUGGCACCAUCCGCUCGGCGGAUAAGAACCCGGUCUGCUUCGUCGUAUCCAGAAGACGAAACUGAAGCAAGUCCCUCGACAGUCAACCUAGACAGCACACAGAACAUGGCCGGCACAUACAUCUCGCAGAAUAUUGAAUUUCUGAAGGGCACGUACGAGAAAAACAAAACAAGCAAUACACGCUUCGAUGAGAGGAUGUAUCUGAACGCUAAGUUUCUGGACGUUGUGGCUAAGGUGGAUGAGGCCUCCAGCUCCGAGGCACUACCUAAAGCAAUAUCUCGAACCAAAAAGGGAAAGGGGCAAACCAGCACGGCACAGAGCAUGAAAAUAGACGAUAAGAACACCACGAUACCUGGGAAGAGAAAGAAAUCACAUCCUGCUAUACGGGUUAUUCGCGAAGUCAAUAGCGAAUCCAUACCGAGUAGCAAAAUAAACAGCAAGGAAGUGCUGGAGGAAGGGGCUGAUAGAAUCAAACGGCCGAAAAUAGACAGCGAUGGCGGACUCAGCCCGGAUGAUACAGAACCCAAAACACCGCCCAGAAGGAAAACGAAGCAUCUGAGCCAUCGUGAUACCCCUUUGACAUUCAAAUACGACAGCAGGGAUCAAAACAGUGCACUUCCAAUGCAGACCCCCACCAAAACGGCUAUGAAUGCCGCAGCUGUAUUGAAAGAACUGACCGCUGACAUAUCAGAAUCUACACCGCAAUUCCUAAAUGUACUGGACAUCCGUACAGGAACCAAAAACUCUCCCAGGCGGAAUAACGUGGAGGUGAUAACCAAAAGGUUGGACACUAUGGGAAAGAUCUUUACUGAUCGCUAUGUCAAAGAGAGAGGAAAAGAAUCCCUCUCAAUCGGCCAGGCGCAUUUCGAUUUGGCCAGAAAAUUGUAUGUCCGAGUGCUGACAACUAUGUUGAGUGAAGAGCGCAAGAGACUAACCCCCCAUCAGUAUGGUCAGUUCAUCAAUCAAGAGGACUUCCAUCAUGCACUCAUCGCGUGUUCCUUAGAGGUGGUCAUCUGUGCGUAUGGGUUGAAAGACAUGAGUGGGCCGUGGCUCCUGAAGGCACUCAAAAUAUGUCCGUACGAUUUCAUAAAGGUUCCGGAGAGUUUUGUACGGGCUGAAAGCCGGCUCACCAGAAGUAUGCUUAAGCAUUUGGCUCACAUCGAAGAACAAAUGUUAGCCAGUAUGAUCUGGGUCAGCGGUGGCAAAAUAUACGAGGAGCUUAAGGACAAGGAUGUUCCUCGAUGGGUAGACUGUGCCCCUCCAUCACAGAGCCGCAUGCGGGCCAAAAAAACAGUGAAUAAAACCGAGAAUACCAGUGCCGGUGUCGGCAACACUGGUGCCGUAGCUGCCAUCACAUCCACCCCAGUAUCUUACUCACAAUCCGUGUCCGCAGCACCGCCACCCGGGGCCGUCGUACCGGGUAUUGUGGCCGAUGCCUCAAGUCGGACCCUGUCACCCACAGCCACAGAAACCAUCAACACGUUGCUCACUGUGGCGCACACCAACACCGGCCUACCCCCAGCCCCAGCGCAGCCCCAAGCGCAGACCCAAUCUGUGACAAAGGUACCCGAAGCAGUGUCAACAACCACUCUGACCACCACCACAGACACUACAGCUACGGACCCGUCCAGGGUGGCCAACAAGGGAGUGCAGCUCAUACUCAGGAAGGUCUACAAUUUAAUGUACAUAAGACUUGAGGAAUUGUGCGAUGCACUGGGCAUCAGUCAAAUAGAGAUCCAACCGCGAGUGUGGCGGCUGAUUGAAGACACACUCUGCACACACAUUGAGAUCAUGAUUGACCGACACCUGGAUCAGAUCCUGCUGUGUGCGUUGUUUGCGGUGGGGAAGACGCUCAAGAUAGAGGAGUGUGCCUUCAAGAAGAUAGUCGCGUGCUACAGGAAACAGCCCGAUGUGGACAACAAUACCUUCAGAGCAGCUCUCUUGAAGGACGGGAAGAAAGGGACAAUCAUUCAAUUUUAUAACGAAGUGUAUUGUAAAUGCAUGGGUACAAGUAUCCUGGAAGUAUCUGAGCAAUCAUUGGAGAGCUUACAUGCGGGCACAGCCACGUGUCCCCUGUCGAAGCGUCUGCAAGCGCUGUGGUCUUCACCCAGUACAAAACAUCCGGUAUCGAACAACCACCGAGUGUUCGUGUCGCCAAUGAAUAGUGGGCGGCGAUUGUUUGGCGAAGGCGAUGGCUCAGGCAACCGACAUAUUCCGGCCAAUGCGAUACGCGGCGGCCAUCCCGGCAACUCUGGGCUGAAGUAUACGCUCGGGGAAAGCCCCACCACGGUGCUGACCGAAAUCAAUAGAGCAGUCAGUGGAGAAGCCCAGAAAGAGCUGAGCAAGGCACCUGUCCCAGUCAUCGGCGGACAAACGCAAAGGCAGAUACGAGAUCUAGUGUACCGCUCCGCCCAACCAUCCACCGGGUUGGCGAACAAAGCGCCGGCCUAUUCAGUCUCUACCACGGCGGCUACAGGCGAUCCAUCGCGCACCACACAAGUCCAACUAGCCCAGCAAACCAUCACCAUACAGCAACCAACCGCACCGGCCCCACAACAACCGACAACCACUACCACUCAGCAGCCACAGGUAUCCAGUGCGGCAGCCCCGGCACCGUAUAGUAGUACAAGUGCAGUCAGUGAGAAUGCCCCGCCCGAUAAACUGAAGCUUGUGUCCAAUAUAGUGCGUGUGGGUACGCCGUUAGAAGCCACACCCUCGACGGCAGAGAAGCCGCUCUGAGGGGGUGGCCGUGGCGUGAGGGUUUAGACUCUGCUGGGCAGAUACAAGCGAAUGGGAAAUAGAUAAGAAGAUAUGAAGUAAACUGAAUAUAUAUUUUGAGCGCGGCAGAGUGUUGUACGGACACGGUGCACCGAGCUUGCUUGGAUUGGAAUUGGAUCCAGCAUAUACUGCUUAGCAUGAAUCAUAAUAUGAAAUGCGCGAAUUAGAGGGGACACAGGGUGUAUACGCAUUCGUAUAGUUUCAAAUGGGCUGGGAAGGGCUAUCAAGCUAGCAGUCUUGUUUCAUGUGGCCUAGCGCAAUGGUCAAAUAUUGUGAAGUACCGGUGCGCACUAGACGAUGAAAAUGUAUAAAGGGUACGUAUCAAAAUCGUGUGAAAAAUCACG